AUGCACGAUCUUGUGCAUGAUCUUGUGCAUGAUCUUGCGGAAGAAGUUCGUGGGGAAAAUGAAUUGGCAGCUCUCAAGGCAAGUGAGUUUACAGAUGUUUCUAAAGUUCGUCGGUUGAGGUUAGAAUUAGACGAAGAUAUAUCAAAAACAUUUCUGAAGAAGUUAAGUAACGCGAAGAAGCUGCGUACAAUUUUCGCCCCCGAAGGUUCUAACGUGGAUCCUCUUAUAUUUUCCAGAAAUAACAACUUACGUGUGCUUCAUGCGGUUCUUUCACCAAAUUUCACUUUUCCAAAGUUGUCUUCUUUGAGUCUCAAUCUGAGACAUUUAAGGUACCUUCGCCUUAACUCUCUUGAUAUGAGGAAUGUAUCGAAUGGUCAGUCCAUUGGUAAACUUUAUAAUUUGGAGACGUUGGUAUUUACCAACUUCUAUGGUGUUCAAAAUCUUCUUACAAACAUUCAUUCUUUGCAAAAAUUAGGAUAUCUUGAAGUCUCGUGGACGGUUAUGGAAGAGUUACCUGAUUCUGUCACAAGUCUUUGUAAUUUGCAAACCUUGGAUCUCAACAACUGCGAAUUAAAAGUCAUUCCUGACUCUAUCUCUGGUUUGAAAAAUCUAACAUCUCUAAAUUUAUCUUAUAACCCUUUCGAAGAAUUACCCGUUUCUAUCAUCACCCUCUCCAGUUUGCAAACGUUAGAUGUCAACACCUGCAAUAAUUUAAAAGUUUUACCUGAGUUUGUGUCAGAUCUUUGUAAUUUGCAGAUAUUUGAUUUCAGAAACUGCCCAUUGUUGAAGGCAUUACCCAUAGAUUUUGGAUCAUUAACUCAGUUGAGGUCUCUUAACCUAGUAGGUACUGAAAUCACAUUGUUACCGGAGCCAUGUUCUAAUCUUGAAAAUCUUGAGUUUGUGAAUUUUUCCCUUUGUGAGUCUCCAAAAGAUGUAAAGAAUUGGGCAAAAGUUAGAAAAUUUUAUCACAAUCCGCUGGGAAACCCCACAAUAUUGGGCAUAGGAAAACUAGUUUGCCUCGAGGAGUUGUAUUACAUGGUUCCAGAAAAACAACCUGAAUGUGAUGUUGGUAUUCAAGACUUAGGCAUAGGAAAACUAGUUUGGGCAUAG